AUGGAGCGGGGUUCGGAGUCGGCGGCCGUGAGGCGGCACCGCAUCGGAGGCGAGCGCCGGGAUGGCCCAGCAGCCGCGCAGCAACCAGAGAGGGAGGUCCGGGCGCUGGAGGCCCUGGUGGACGCGUGCGGCGGCAGCGGGAGGACGCGGAAGCGGAGCGCGGCGGGUAGCGGAGGCGCGAGCGGGGCUGCGGGGACCGGGCUCUCUGAGGCGCGCGCCGCGCUGGGGCUAGCGCUCUACCUGCUCGCGCUGCGGACGCUCGUGCAGCUGUCGCUACAGCAGCUUGUGCUGCGUGGGGACACUGGGCACCACCGGGAGUUCAACGCGCGCCAAGCCAGGGAUUAUCUUGAACACAUAACAUCCAUUGGCCCCAGGACUACAGGAAGUCCAGAAAAUGAAAUUCUGACUGUGCAUUACCUUUUGGAACAGAUUAAACUGAUUGAAGUUCAAAGCAACAGCCUUCACAAGAUUUCAGUAGAUGUACAACGGCCCACAGGUUCCUUUAGCAUUGACUUUUUGGGAGGUUUUACAAGCUACUAUGAUAACAUCACCAAUGUUGUGGUAAAGCUGGAACCCAGAGAUGGAGCCCAGCAUGCUGUUCUGGCUAACUGUCAUUUUGACUCAGUGGCAAACUCACCAGGUGCCAGUGAUGAUGCAGUUAGCUGUUCAGUGAUGCUGGAAGUCCUUCACACCUUGUCAACAUCUUCAGAAGCCUUGCAUCAUGCGAUCAUAUUUCUCUUUAAUGGUGCUGAGGAAAAUGUUUUGCAGGCCAGUCAUGGUUUCAUUACUCAGCACCCCUGGGCUAACUUGAUUCGUGCAUUUAUUAACCUGGAAGCAGCAGGUGUAGGAGGGAAAGAACUUGUAUUCCAAACAGGUCCUGAAAAUCCUUGGUUGGUCCAAGCUUAUGUUUCAGCAGCUAAACACCCUUUUGCUUCUGUGGUGGCCCAGGAGGUUUUUCAGAGUGGCAUCAUUCCUUCAGAUACUGAUUUCCGUAUCUACAGGGAUUUUGGAAACAUUCCAGGAAUAGACUUGGCUUUUAUUGAGAAUGGAUACAUUUAUCAUACCAAAUAUGACACAGCGGACAGAAUUCUAACAGAUUCCAUUCAGAGAGCAGGUGACAACAUUUUAGGAGUUCUUAAAUAUCUAGCUACAUCUGAUAUGUUGGUUUCUUCUUCUAAGUAUCGACAUGGGAACAUGGUCUUCUUUGAUGUGCUUGGCCUCUUUGUCAUUGCCUACCCUUCUCGUGUUGGCUCCAUAAUUAACUACAUGGUGGUAAUGGCUGCUGUCUUUUACCUGGGCAAAAAAUUUCUGCAGCCCAAACAUAAGAUGGCUAACUACAUGAAGGACUUCUUCUGUGGACUUGGCAUCACUCUGAUAAGCUGGUUCACUAGCCUGGUGACCGUUCUCAUAAUAGCAGUGUUCGUCUCUCUGAUUGGACAGUCUUUGUCAUGGUAUAACCACUUCUAUGUCUCCGUUUGUCUUUAUGGAACUGCUGCUCUAGCCAAAAUAAUAUUCAUACAUACCCUCGCAAAACGAUUUUAUUAUGUGAAUGCCAGUGACCAGUAUCUGGGAGAAGUGUUUUUUGACAUCUCGCUGUUUGUGCAUUGUGGUUCCCUUACAGCUUUCACUUACCGAGGAUUUUGCUCUGCGUUUAUCAGUGCUGUCUGGGUGGCGUUUCCGUUGCUCACAAAGCUUUGCGUGCACAAGGACUUUAAGCGGCAUGGUGCCCGAGGAAACUUUAUUGCCUUUUACCUUCUGGGGAUGUUUAUUCCAUAUCUUUAUGCCUUGUACCUCAUCUGGGCGGUGUUUGAGAUGUUUACCCCCAUCCUUGGGAGGAGUGGUUCAGAAAUCCCACCUGAUGUUGUGCUGGCUUCCAUUCUGGCUGGUUGUACAAUGAUUCUCUCCUCUUAUUUUAUUAACUUCAUCUACCUUGCCAAAAGCACAAAGAAAACCAUGCUGACUUUAACCUUGGUAUGUACAGUUACAUUCCUGCUUGUUUGCAGUGGGACGUUUUUCCCGUACAGCUCCAACCCUGCCAGUCCGAAGCCAAAGAGAGUGUUUCUUCAGCAUAUGACAAGAACAUUUCAUGACUUGGAUGGAAAAGUAGUUAAACGGGACUCUGGAAUAUGGAUCAAUGGGUUUGAUUACACCGGAAUGUCUCACAUCACACCUCACAUUCCGGAGAUCAAUGACACCAUCCGAGCUCACUGUGAGGAGAAAGCACCCCUCUGUGGUUUCCCGUGGUACCUUCCAGUGCACUUUCUGAUCAGGAAAAACUGGUAUCUUCCUGCUCCAGAAGUUUCUCCAAGAGAACCUGUUAAUUUCAGACUUAUAUCCAAAGAACAGACACCGUGGGAUUCUAUAAAGUUGACCUUUGAAGCAUCAGGACCAAGCCAUAUGUCAUUGUAUGUUCGAACCCACAAAGGGUCAACACUUUCUCAGUGGUCUCUUGGCAAUGGUACCCCCGUCGCAAGUAAAGGAGGGGACUAUUUUGUAUUUUACUCCCAUGGACUCCAAGCCUCUGCGUGGCAGUUCUGGAUAGAAGUACAGGUCUUGGAAGAACAGCCUGAGGGAGUAGUCACUCUGGCCAUUGCUGCCCACUAUCUUUCUGGGGAAGACAAGAGAUCCUCCCAGCUGGAUGCUCUGAAGGAGAAGUUCCCAGAUUGGACAUUUCCUUCCGCCUGGGUGUGCACCUACAAUCUUUAUGUGUUUUAAUCCUGUGAAUGCUCUCUAAGUAAAUUCCCAGUGGGAUACGUCGGGUGACAUGGCUUGUCCUUAUGCUACAUGGAUAUUUGUAAUGUAAGUCAAUGAAUUUUAGUGAGCAAAUGUCCAAAGAUCUUUGUGGGCUAACACUCUUCAGGGCCAAGCACUAUAGUGGUUAUGCUGUGGGGUAACAUAGUCUUUUCAACACUUGAAAAUGUCGCUUUCUGGCACUUAAGCACAUGUGGGUACUGCCACUACACUCACGUCAUUUUAUAUGACCUAAGGACAAAAGCCAACACACCACUUCAACAUUUGUCCCCUGAGGGUUAUGAAAGACGUUGAAAGUACUACAAUACCAUUGUUAAUGACACAGAUGACAUUUCCAAUUAAAACCCAAGACCCUUUGUUGUGCGGUGGAUGGUGGGUAAAUCGUCAGUUGCUGGAGUGAGGAUUCCCC